UUUUCAUCGUACUUUGACAUUAAAUUUGGCAUCGUGUCAAUACUGAAAAUUUCUACGAGCCGAUUUUCCAAUUUUUAGGGAAAAUCUGUGAAUUUCUGCGAUUCGGAAGUUCUAAAAGUGUAGAAAAAUGAAACCUUUGAUGUUGCAAGGGCACGAGCGUGCCAUAACCCAAAUCAAAUACAAUCGGGAAGGCGAUUUGCUCUUUUCCUGUGCCAAGGAUCACAAGCCCAACGUUUGGUACUCCCUCAAUGGCGAACGUUUGGGUACAUUUAACGGGCAUGCCGGCGCUGUUUGGUGCCUGGAUGUCGAUUGGACCACAACUAAAUUCAUGAGCGGCAGUGGUGACAUGUCAGUUCGUUUAUGGGAUGUCGAAUCGGGAACUUCCGUCGCCUGCAUCCCCUGCCGCUCCUCAGCACGUACCGUGGGCUUUAGUUACUCCGGCAAUCAAGCUGCUUACUCGACGGAUCGUGCCAUGGGUCACAUUUGCGAACUUUUUGUCAUUGACACCCGUAACCCGGAUACGAGUUUGAACGAUGGCGGCUCCAUAAUGCGCAUUCCUGUGUCGCACUCGAAAAUUACGGCAAUGCAUUGGGGCACGCUCGACGAAACAAUCAUCACGGGACACGAAAAUGGGCAAAUUACGUUGUGGGAUUUGCGUACGGGACGCGAAAUUAACUCGGUGCACGAUCACACGGGCUCCAUAAACGAUCUGCAAAUGUCGAAGGAUGGCACGAUGUUUGUUGCUUCGUCGAAAGACACGACUGCCAAGUUGUUUGACUCGGAUUCGCUCAUGUGCUUGAAGACGUACAAGACAGAAAGACCUGUGAAUUCGGCGGCAAUUAGUCCGUUGUUGGAACAUGUUGUGCUCGGAGGAGGUCAAGAUGCGAUGGAAGUCACAACGACAUCGACGCGUCAGGGAAAAUUCGAUUCGCGCUUCUUCCAUUUGAUCUACGAGGAGGAAUUUGCACGUGUGAAGGGCCAUUUCGGUCCCAUCAACAGUUUGGCGUUCCAUCCAGAGGGAAAGAGUUAUGCUACGGGCGGAGAAGACGGUUAUGUGCGGAUACAAGUUUUCGAUUCGAGCUAUUACGAAUACAUUUUUGAGUAGAGGAAAUAAGAGAAAACACACGCGAAACACUUUGGGGAGACCCACAAAUCUGUAUUAGGAGGACAAAACGUGAAAAGGAAAAUAAAAUGAAACAAAUUUUGAUAAACCACAGAAAAUUCAUGACUUUCUAUUUAAAAAAAAUAUGAAAA